UCUGCCCCAGCCCUCCACCGCCCCAUUUCCGCCCUCACCUGGUCUCUGGCUUGGAGCAGUUAAUGCCCAACACACUUUCUUGUCAGCUCUUAAUUAAUCGUCUUCCGCAUUUACCGCCCCCAUCCCGUGCCGCCUGCAGUUGCUGUGCUUCCUCUUGCCUUUAGCAGUUCCCAAAAUUGCGUGUACCUUCCUGCUUUCCCACCCUUUUUUGCUUCUGAUGCUCCAAGGCCUUUCCCUCAGCAGCCAGAUUUUUGUUUUUUUCUUUAGAGGCCUUUAUUCAAGGUCUGACACUGUAGACUUUCUUUUUUAAAGAUUUUAUUUAUUUAUUUGAGAGAGAGAGAGCACAUGAGAGGGGGGAGGGGCAGAGGCAGAAGCAGACCCCCUGCUGAGCAGGGAGCCCGAUGCGGGACUCGAUCCCGGGGCUCCAGGAUCGUGACCUGAGCCGAAGGCAGUCGCUUAACCGACUGAGCCACCCAGGCGCCCGACACUGUAGACUUUUUAAAUUAAAAAUGCACCGUGUCUUUGUUUUGAAAAUACGUUAAAAAAAAAAAAACUUUUAGAGAAAACUUUAAAGUACAGAGAACGGAUUACCAAACACUAGUGACUGGGUUUGCCGCACGUAAAGAUUGUAGUUAAGGCGUGCCUGGGUGGCUCAGUUGGUUGAGCGUCUACCUUUGGCUCAGGUCAUGAUCUCAGGUUCCUGAGAUCGCGUCCCAGGUCGGGCUCCCUGCUCAGCCGGGAGCCUGCUUCUCCCUCUCCCUCUGCCCCUUCACCCUUCUCCUGCGUGCUCUCUCUCUCUCAAGUAAAUAAAACCAUAAAGAAAGAAAAGAUUGUAGUUAAAAACAAAACAAAAGCAGGGGUGCCUGGGUGGCUCAGUCGGUUGGGCGUCUGCCUUCGGCUCAGGUCAUGAUCCCCGAGUCCGGGGAUUGAGCCCUGCGUCGGGCUUCUACCCCACUUGUGCUCUCUAGCUCUCUCUCUGUCUCUCAAAUAAAUAAAUAAAAUCUUUAAAAAAGGCAAAACAAAAACAUAUAUGUAAUCUCUGUGGCCAACGUGGGGCUUGAACUCACCACUCUGAGAUGAACACUCACAUGCUCUACUGACUGAACCAGCCAGGCACCCCCCUCAACUUUUUUAAAGAAAGCUGUUGAAACAGAAUUGCUCUUAGAUGCAAGCUCACCAGUCCCAUUUGCUUCCCUAAGCAACCCUUAUUUUGAACAACCGCAUUUUUGUUUGUUUAUUUUUAUUGAGGUGUAAUUGAUAAACAGGAAUUCUAUAAAUUUUAGGUGUACACUUACGGUAUAUGUGUUCGUUGUGAAAUAAUCACAUUCAAUCUAAUUAGCAUGUUCAUCAUCUCACAUAGGUACCAUUUUCUUUUUUUGUUUUCUUUGUGGUGAAGAUAUUUAAUAUCUAUUCUCUUAGGAAAUUUCGAGGUUACAAUACCGUAUUGUUGACUGUAGUCGCAGUGCUGUACUUUAGAUCUCCACAACUUUCAUCUUGCAUACCUGAAAGUUUGUACUCUGACCGACCUCUCUCCCAUUUUCCCCAACUCUCAAAACUUGGCAGCCAACCAUUCCACUUUCUGCUUCUAUGAUUUGGACUCUCUUGGGUACCACAUAUCAGUGAAAUCAUGUAGUAUUUGUCUUUCUGUGUCUGGUUUAUUUCACCUAGCAUAAUGUCCUCCAGGUUCAUCCAUGUUGUAGCAAAUGGCAAGAUCUCGUUCUUCAUGGCUGAGUAGUAGUCCAUUGUGUGUAUAUACCACAUUCUGUAUCCAUUCAUCUAUCGUUGGACACUUAGGUUGUUUGCACAUCUUGUCUAUUGUGAAUAAUGCUGCAAUGAGCAUGGGAGUGCUGGUCUCUCUUUGAGGCAGUGAUUUCAUUUCCUUUGGCUAGUAUAACCAGAAGUGGGAUUACUGGAUCAUGUAAUUACUUGAAACAUAGAGAAUACAUAUUUUUCCAGAUAUAUAUUCAAAACUAUUAGAAAACACCACAAACCACGCCAACAACGACCUAAAUAAAUGGUAUUUUGGUUCUAUUUUCAACUUUUUGAGGCACCUCCACGCUUUUCCACAGUGCAUUUCCACCAACAGUGCACAAGGGUUCCUUUUCUCCACAUCCUUGCCAACACUUAUCUUUUGCUUUUUGAUAAUUCUCGUUCUGACAGGUGUGAGGUGAUAGCUCAUUGUGGUUUUUAUUUGCAGUUCUCUAAUUAGGUUGAGCACCUUUUCACUUACCUGUUAGUCAUUUGUAUGUCUUUUAUGGAGAAAUUUAGGUUCCUUGCCCAUUUUAAACCCAUUGGGUUUUUUUUUUUUUCUCUUGAGUUGUGUGAGGUCUUUAUAUAUUUUAGAUCUGAAUUUCUAAUCAGAUACAUGGUUUGCACAUAUUUUCUCCCAUUCCUCAGUUGCCUUUUCACUCUGUUAUUUUGCUGUCAGCACAUUUUCUUACACCUCUACACACCUACUAGUGUUUUAAAAUCUACAUACAUAAUAUAAUAUUGAUAUUUUACAUUUAACCGUUUCACUCAGCCUUAAAGCUUUGCGCUGCCUCUGACAUUGAUGUGGUUCAUUUCUUCCGACCACUGUGACCUUGACUGUUCCCUGAUGAUGGAUAUUGAGGUUGUUUCCCUUUUUUUCUUAUACACAGGCACAUGGUGACAUUCUGGUGUAUUUUCUUGUGUUCAUUAGCAAGAGUUUCUGUAGGGCACAUACCUAGAAUUAGGUGUCCUGACUGAAUUUGCAGGGUUAAAGUUCUGCCAGGUGGUGCCAGAUGGGUUUCCAGAGUGACUGUACUAGUUUCCUAUAGGACUCUGAGAAUCUCUAUUUUCCCUUAUGUCUUCAACAUUUGCUAUUGUGAAGCAUUUUAUGUGUCCCCCAGUCUAUGGGGAGAGAAGUCUUGAAUUUGCAUUUCCUUAAUUCUCAAUGAUGUUGAAGAUCUUUUCAGAUUUUUAAAAAAGAUUUUACUUAUUUGAGAGAGAGAGAGCAUGAGGGGGGAGGCCAGAGAGAGAAGCAGACUCCCCGCUGAGCAGGGAGUCCGAUGCAGUCCCAGGACCCUGAGAUCAUGACCUGAGCUGAAGGCAGACGCUUAACUGACUGAGCCACCCAGGUGUCCCUCUUUGAUCUCAUUAUCUGAUUUCCCAAGUCAUCCUGUGUUCAUUUUUCAAAUAAAUGGUCUUUUUUGGUGCACUUUAAAACAUAUUUUGUAGAUCUUUUUUUAUGUGUUAAGUAUUUUUACAAAUAUCGUUCACUCUUUUAAAAGCUUGUCUUUUAAUAUUGUGGUGUCUUGUACAGAAAUUUUUGGAGUAAAAUUAAACAAUUUUUUCCUUGAUGUACUGUAUUUUGCAUAUUAUUUUCUUAUAACAGCUAUAAAUUUUAUUUUAAACACUUAGGUCUUCAAUGUGCUUAAAAUAUAUUUUUGUGUGCCGUAGAAGGCAGCGAUUGAAUUUUACUUUCCUAUGGAAAAUCCGUUGUGUUGGUACCAUUUUGAAUAGCGUGCCAUUAUGUCCUUAGCAUAUACACGGAUCUGGAUGUUCCUUACUUUCUUUACUAUGCUCCAAUCUCACUUUUGUUAACGUAGCCUUACAGUAAGUCUUGCUAUGGAUCUAGGUGUUCCCUAUUUUCUUUACUAUGCUCCAAUCUCACUUUCAUUAACGUAGCCUUACAAUAAGUCUUGCUAUGUGGUAGGGCGUGCCUCUGCCUACCUUAGUUCUUUUUUGGCAUUGCCUUAGUUAAUCUUGGAUCAUUAUUAUGAUACUGAGUCAUUUUGUUCAGAUUUCAUGUUAUGUCCUGUUGUAAUUUUGAUUGUACAGAAUUAAUAGAUUUAUUUGGGGAGAAUUGACUUUUUUUUUUUUAAGAUUUUAUUAUUUAUUUGCAAGCGAGAGAGAGAGAGAGAGCGAGCGCACAAGCAGGGGGAGCAGUAGGCAGAGGGAGAAGCAGGCACCUCGCCGAGCAAGAAGCUGGAUGCGGGACUCGAUCCCAGGACCCUGGGAUCAUGACCUGAGCUGAAGGCAGAUGCUUAACAACUGAGCCACCCAGGGUCUUGGACCGCACUCUGAUAACAACUGUUGCUGCAUGUAUGGUUAUGCAGGUGCAUUUUGUGUGUAUCUAUCAGAGAAUCUUGUGCUUCUAGUAGGUCAUGGGACCAGGACUGAGUACAAGGAGUUGUCUUCAAGGGAGAUGCUUGAUGGGGAAGAACUGGAUCAACUCCAGAGGGCUGUUCCCCAGGGACCUGAUCCUGGAGAGACCCAUGCAUGUGUCUGGGAGCCAGAGGAGAGCCUGGACAAGCUUGUGGAGCAGAGAGGCCUGAGGCCAGUCACAUUGACCACUGAGGAUAGUGUCCAGGGGUCUGGGGGAAGCCUCAGGUUUCGGUCAAGCCCUGUCUCUGAUCAGAGACCUCACAAAUGCGAUAUAUGUGAACAAAGUUUCGAACAGAGAUCAUACCUUAAUAACCAUAAGCGAGUACACAGGUCAAAAAAGACAAAUAUAGUCCAUGAUUCUGGGGAAUUCUUCAGUGCAAAUUUAGUUGUUAAAGAUGAUCAGAAAAUUCCUCUUGGGAAAAAAUUUCAUUAUUGUGGUUACUGUGGGAAAGCCUUCAGGUACAGUGCUAACCUUGUCAAACACCAGCGGCUUCAUAGUGAAGAGAAGCCCUACAAGUGUGACGAGUGUGGGAAAGCCUUCAGCCAGAGCUGUGAGUUCAUCAAUCACCGAAGGAUGCACUCAGGGGAGAUCCCCUACCGAUGCGGUGAGUGCGGGAAGACAUUCAAUCAGAGGCCUAACCUCAUGAAACAUCAGAGGAUUCACACAGGGGAGAAGCCCUAUAAGUGUGGUGAUUGUGGGAAACACUUCAGUGCCUAUUCGUCCCUUAUUUAUCACCAGAGAAUCCACACUGGAGAGAAACCCUAUAAGUGCAACGACUGUGGGAAAGCCUUUAGUGACGGCUCAAUCCUUAUUCGACAUCGUCGGACCCACACUGGGGAGAAACCAUUUGAGUGUAAAGAAUGUGGCAAAGGCUUUACCCAAAGUUCUAACCUUAUCCAACAUCAAAGAAUUCACACUGGGGAGAAACCCUAUAAAUGUAAUGAAUGUGAGAAAGCCUUCAUCCAAAAAACCAAACUUGUUGAACAUCAGAGAAGCCACACUGGAGAGAAGCCCUAUGAAUGUAAUGACUGUGGCAAAGUCUUCAGCCAGAGCACACACCUUAUCCAGCAUCAGAGGAUCCACACAGGAGAGAAGCCGUACAAGUGUAGUGAGUGUGGGAAAGCCUUCCACAACAGUUCCAGACUCAUCCACCACCAAAGGUCGCACCAUGGAGAGAAGCCUUACAAAUGCAGCGAUUGCAAGAAAGCCUUUAGCCAGGGUACUUAUCUCAUCCAGCACCGGAGGAUCCACACUGGAGAGAAGCCCUACAAGUGUAGCAAGUGUGGGAAGGCCUUCCGGCACAGUUCCAACAUGUGCCAACAUCAGAGGAUUCACCUCCGGGAAGACUUCUCGAGGUGACCGUGGAGAAGGGCCCAUGAGUUCCGCUGUGCAGUUCCUCCUUAUGACCUACCCCACCCAUUUAUUUAUUGUCCACACAGUGUUGUUACAGAUGAAGGGCAUUUCUAAUUAAAAACAAACAAACAAAACCCUUUUCUUAAACCAAAAGCAGUGCAUGUUCAUUUUGGAGAAAUUGAGAGAGGUAAGCAAAAAGUAGUUCUCCCCCACUUAGAAAAAGAAUCCAUCACUGCUGAUUUAAUACAUGCUUCCUUUCACACAUAGUUAAGAGCAUUUUAAAAAGAAACUACUGUGUGCUUGUCAUUGCAGGACGUAGGCUCUUUUGGCUUUGCUAUUUCCUCAAUCCUAGAAAACUCACACUGGAAAGAAUUCUACAUAUUUACAUAUCUUUACAUAUUGUAAAUUUAAAAAAUUAACAGUCAUACUUUUCUGUGUGUCUUUAUAAUAGAGUUGAUAAUUGCCAUUUUUAUUGUGGUAAAACAUAACAAAAUUUACUAUUUUAACCAUUUUUAGGUGUAUAGUUCAGUGGCAUUAAAUACAUUUACAGUGUUGUAUAACCAUCACCACUCUUUUAUUAUCUGAAACAGAAAAUCUGUACCCAUUAAACAAUAACUCUUCUUUUCCCCUUUGUCUCACAUCCGCUGACAGUCGCUGUUCUAUUUUCUGUCUGUGAAUUUGCCUAUUCUAGUUUUCUCAUAAGAGGAAUAAUACAAUAUUUG